UGGAAACCCUUCCUCCCCGCGGCCUUGCCCUGCUCCUGCUCGCUCCUCAACUCAAACCUCUUUCAAGCCGACACGCCUCCUCCUCCCCUCCGAAACCCAGCAACCCUACGCAGCGAGCAGCGGCAAUGUGGGGCGCCGCCGACCUGGUGCUGAAGGCGGCGUGCGACGCCUGCGGCAAGGCGUCCGAGCUCUACAGCACCGCCUGCCGCCACGCCACCCUCUGCAACUCCUGCGCCGCCACCAUGGCGCGCUCGCGCGCGCGCUGCAACGUCUGCGCCGCCCCCAUCACCAACGUCAUCCGGGAGUACAAUGUUCGGGUGGAUACCGCCGCGGGGAAGGCCCUUUCCAUAGCCAAAUUCAACACCGGCGUGCCGCCCUUCUCCAAGAUGAAGGGUGCGGGGAACAAGUGGUCUCUUCGUAAGGAUGGCCCGACGCAUGGCCGUCAGCUUACUGCCGAAAUGCGGGAGAAAUACUACAACAGAAAGCCAUGGAUAUUGGAAGAUGAUACAGGUGAACAUCAGUACCAAAGUAAACUUGAGGCAUCACAAUCUGCAACUGCUACAUACUAUCUGCUGAUUAGGCGCGGCAAGGAGUUCGAUGCUGUUCCUGUUGGUUCCUGGUAUAACUUCAGUAAAAUUGCACAGUACAAACAACUGACUUUGGAAGAAGCUGAAGAGAAGAUGAAUAAAAGGAGAAGCAGUGCAACUGGUUAUGAACGAUGGAUGAUGAAGACAGCUACUCAUGGAGCUGCUGCCUUUGGUUCGGAUCUGAAGGAUCUUGGUGAUGCAAAGGGCAAAGCGGCAAAUGGGGUCCAAUCCAAGAAAGAAAGUAGCAAUGAGGAUGGGAAUCACUCUGAUAAAGGCGAGGAGGAUGAAGAAGAGGGAGUUGCAAAGAAAGCUGUGCGCAGACUUUCUACGAGGGGCGUGGAUGAUGAAGAGGAUGGUGGAAAAGAAGACUUUGAUUUGGAGGAUGAGACUGAGAUAGGUGAUGAUUGGGAGCAUGAAGAGACCUUCACUGAUGAUGAUGAGGCUCUGGAUAUUGACCCAGAGGAAAGACCUGACGUAGCUGAUACUGAAAACCCUACUGGACCAGAUAUUAAGCAGGAUGAUGAUGAGAAUGAACAAGGAGCUGGUGGUAGCCUGAGCAAGUCCGGUAAGGAACUAAAAAAGCUGCUCCGCCGUGCUGAUGGACAAAAUGAGUCCGAUGACGAAGACGAUGGAGACACUGAUGAAGAUGAGUCACCAUUGUCAGUACUUGCUCCAAAACUGGAACAUCAAUUCGGAAGCGAACAACAGGAAAAUAACACUGCUAAACUAACAGCAACAGAACUUGCUGUUAGCACUCCACCUGCACCCAGGUCCAAUCAGAAAAGGAAAUCCGGAGGUGAUGGUGCAAAAACUUUGAAUCGUGCAGCGGUAAAAAAGCCAAAGACAGAACCUGAGGCAAAAACAUUAGGUGUCAAGGAAGAGCCACCCUCUUCCGUGGAACCUAUUUCAAAAGCAUCUGCUUCAGCAGGGAGUGGUACAGAUACAUCUGCAAUUACAGAGGAGGAAAUCAUAAGAGUACUUCGUGCAAUUGCUCCUGUCAGAUCACAAGAUUUUGUACCCAGGUUUAAGGCCAGAAUAAGAACUCCAGAGGACAAGAAACAUUUUCAUGACAUUGUCAUGAAAUAUGCAUAUUCGCACAAGACCAACGGCGUCAGCUAUCUUCACCUUCGAAAGGAGUACCAAUGAACAAACAGUUAACGCACUUGUAUAUGCCAUCAUACCCUUUUAGCAUUGCAUGUCAUACUUGCGAAAACUGCUGAAUACGUCCUUGUAACUGGCCGCCCAUUCUUGUCUCUAUUCUUUUGUUUCAGCUUGUAAUGACAAAAGGAUUCGGGAUGGUUGACUUGGUAUUCAAAAUUGAAAUUUUGGCCAUUUAUAUCUUU